AUGUUGGCUAGCACUCCAUGCCUAACCUCCUCUCAUGGUUAUAAACAAGAGCGGAACCAAACAAACUUUGCUCCUAGUAGAAACUGCCUGAGGACAUUUGUUGGAAUGGAGUCUAAUCCCAAAGAAGACCAUCACAAGCACAAUGCAAAAGAAGAUAGGAAAAGUGAGCAUGAUAGGAAAAAACAAAUCCAACAGGGAAAUCUUAGGCUGGACCGCCAGCCAGGUGAUGGACUCCCAAUCAACCACGACCACAAGAAGGGUCGUGGCGGGAUACAUACCUGGGAAGGUCCAGUGGGAGAAGGGCACGUAAGGUUUAACAUAGCACCACCGGCAAUAGAUAAAAAGGAUCCAAAUUAUGUAGACGAAGAUGAUGAAUAA